AUGCCGGCCCCGUAUUCCGACAACCUGUACUCCGCCGACGACUCCGAUUUCGAGGUCCCGGACGACGACCUCGACGUGCACCUGUCGCCCACAGACGGCUACUUCCAGAGCUCAUCGUCGUCAGCGGACAACCUCUACCCUCCGCAACAGGAACAGGAGCUGCAGCAACACCAAUAUCAUCGUCGUGACCACACCACCGACAACGUCACCGACGCGACGCUGCCCACCUCCGCCGGCGUCCCGCAUGUACCUAACGUCCUCGUCCAAGAUCCCUCUCUGCAGCUGCAGCAGCAAAAGUCCUCAAAGAAGGACAGCGAGGCCAGGGAAGAGACGAGAUUAAACACCUCACCGCAUACGUACGAUCGCGGUACCUCGUCGAUCGACAACGACGACUACCACUACGACGACGGGUUCUCUUCCAUCGGCGACAGCGUAGCCACGCCGUCCCACACGACGACGUACACCUCCCACGCCCAGAGCUCGUCGUCUUAUACGCCGUACUCGCCGUCCACCGACACCCCGCUGCGCACUCCCAGGACACACCCAAGAAGGAGCCUCUUCUCCCAUACGCCAUCCCUCUUCAACAUCCCGCGAGAGGCACCGCCGGCUUACACGCCCUCGCCCACGUCGCCGCUAUCGUCGUCAUCCCCAAGAGAGUUCAGGAAUUACCAGACCUUCUCCCCCGUAGUAGCCAUGGGGGCCCCAGAGGAAGCGCGGCACCUGCUGGGCCGCGACCCCGAAAGCAUGGGAGGCGAUGAGCCCUACCAAGACGACGAGAGGCCGCUGCCGUGGAAGGACAGGGUACUUAAGAGGUUCCCGUGGGCGUCGAGAAGGACGCUGAAGAUGGUGCUCUUCGCCCUGUUGAUGUUUUCCAUCUUUGUCGGCUUCUUAAGUAUGUUGAGCGGGACCUCUCCCUCAAAGGAGCCCGCCAAGAACUUCGACCCUGUCACCGGCCUCCCAAUCAAAGAUGGGCCCGAAGCUCCUGCCGAGCCUUCCAAUCCCACCACGCCGUCGCAGCCCGGCUCCGGCCCAGCCAGACCUCUCCCCUGGCGGCCUCAGUCCGCCUGCGCCCAGAACGAGCACCGUUUCGAGACCAGAGUCUUUGACGUCGGCUUCGACUCGUCCAAAUGGCUGAGCGUCCUACAGACCGUCCAAGAAGGCAAGCAGCCCUCCCACGGCGGCUACCAGACCGACAUCACUGGUGACAUUGUCGUCCGCCGCCAGCUCUCCGACAGCCCGGGACCGUCGGUCGAGCUCGAGGUCGUCGGUAACGACGAGCGCCUUAACGUCGAGGUCGAGUGGGACGCCAAGAUCCAGCAGCUCCGCGUCAAGGCCCCCAACGCCAUCGAAUGGAGCCAGACCUCGCGCCCGUGCAUGGCCAUCCGCGCCACCGUCUGGGUCCCCGCCGACGCCGAGCUCAACCAGCUCAAGCUCGCCGCGCUCCACCUCGGCGUGCGCUUCGUCGACGACCUCGCCGUCUCCGUGAAGGACACCCUCGAGAUUCGUACGCUCGCCGGCGACGUCCGAGUCCCCGGAGGCACCGCCGCUGAUACACCUGCCUACCGCCUCGACGCCCGUAACAUCGUCGUGCGCACCAUCUCGGGCGACAUCGCCGGCGGCUGGCCCCUCUUCGACUCGCUCAAGAUCCGCUCCGAAUCGGGCGACAUCGCCGCCGCCGUGCAACCCAAGCCUGUCCUCGAGUCGCGGCCGCUGCCUGCCGUGCUCGAGGUCUCGUCCGUCUCGGGCGACGUCUUCGUCAAGCAGCCCCUCGAAGAAGCUGCCAAGAGCGCCAAGCCCGACACUGUCAUCCCGCCGCGCAACUACAUCACCACCAUCGAGACGAAAUCCGGCAUUAUUCGCUCCUGGGCCGCCUUCAGCACUGCCGCAUUCAUCAACUCCGUCUCGGGAGACAUCGGUGUCACCCUCCUCCCCGUCUACGACCUCAGCCUGCUCCCCUCCACUACGGCGGCGGAGCCCGAGCUUGUGACCCAGACCAAGUCGGGCGCCAUCGCCGUCACCGUCCUGGAGCCCCUCUGGGUCGACAUCGCAAAGACUCUCUCACAAGGCGAGAGGGAGAAAGAGAGGGCUGACCCCAACCUCCCCGUCGACAUCCCCACCAACCCGCUCCCCGUCCCCGACAUCCCCGCCAAGAUGCCCCGCAUCCCGCAUAUCCCCAACAUCCCCUUCAUCCCUAUCGGCGCGCGCGACCCGUACCGCAACUUCCCGGGCUCCGACCGCCGCUGGAGCGAUCUCAUCCCCAAGAGAAGCAAUCCUUCUGUCACUGAGGUCUCCUCUUCAUCCGCCAGGCAGGCAGUGGCAGCGCCCCCGCCCAUGCGCCACCUCAAAUCUACACACGAUACGAUCAGCGGCAACCUCAAGAUCGUCUAUCCAGGCUCGUGGGAGGGCGCUAUCGACGCCACGAGCGUUAGCGGCGACAUCAAUAUCCGCGGGCAAGGGGUCAAGUUUGACAGCCACACGAAGAUUCCCAAGUCCGUCAAGGCGCACAAGGGCCAAGCGUGGACGUGUUCCGCAACGCUGAAAAGUGUAAGCGGCAGCGAGGAGCUCAUCAUCGGUCCGGCGUGA